AGCCACCUAUCUAUAUAAAUACCUUCAACGUUUUUAGCAGAGCCUUCGUCAUCGGAGGAGCCUCUCAUACCUAUAUUUUCUCCUCAUUCUCAUUUUCUCGAUCGUGUUCUCUGUAUCUCCAAGCAAACCGAACGAAAUGGCCAACGCAGCCUCGGGUAUAGCUGUGCACGAUGACUGCAAGUUGAGGUUUCUAGAACUUAAGGCGAAAAGGACCUAUCGCUUCAUAGUUUUCAAGAUUGAGGAGAAGCAGAAGCAAGUUAUUGUGGAGAAGGUUGGUGAGCCAAACCAAGGUUACGAGGAUUUCACUGCAAGCCUUCCAGCUGACGAGUGCCGUUAUGCUGUAUAUGAUUUUGACUUUGUCACGGAAGAGAAUUGCCAAAAGAGCAGGAUUUUCUUUGUUGCUUGGUCUCCCGACACAUCAAGGGUUAGAAGCAAGAUGAUUUAUGCAAGCUCCAAAGAUAGAUUUAAGAGAGAGCUUGAUGGAAUUCAGGUUGAGUUGCAAGCAACUGAUCCAACUGAGAUUGGUCUUGAUGUCAUUAAGAGCCGUGCCAGCUGAAUACAAACUGUAGGCCUUGCAACAGGGAGUUCUUCCUUUCUGCCCUUCUUUACUUAAGUGAAGUGUCUAUAGUUUGUGGGAUGGUGGACUUGGCUAAUUACGGGUAUAAAUUUCCAAGUUUUGCCCUGGGAGUUUUUUUUUAUCAAUCCUGGACAAGCAUCUUUGCUUUCCAGUAUAUCAAUGUGAUCUGUUAUCUCUGGAACCUAUGUACUAUUGAGUGGGGGUGAAUGUUUAGACGACACCUUUAGUUCAUUUCAAGUUUUAAAUUGAUCCUUGUCAAUUAAUUAACUUUGGAGUGCUAAAGGGGAAUGGUUUUAAGAUUUCCAAAGUUGCUCAUUUAUUUGGCCUGUUUUGUAUUACAUAGACAAUUAUAUCACAAGAAAACUGAUGCUUGUUCUUGAAAA